UGACGUCACACGCCGCUGCUCGGAACCCGAACGGAGAAAAGCGGAGCUAAUUAGCGGCUAAAGUCGGACCGUCAUGGCGCUGGGAGACUGUUGGAAGCAGCUGUCCUGGUUCUACUACCAGUACCUGCUGGUCACGGCGCUCUACAUGCUGGAGCCCUGGGAGCGGACGGUGUUCAACUCACUGCUCGUCUCCGUCGCCGCCAUGGCCAUCUACACCGGAUACGUCUUCAUGCCGCAGCACAUCAUGGCCAUCCUGCACUACUUUGAGAUGGUCCAGUGACUCCGCCCCCUCACCUGUCCGUCCACCUGUCUGUCCGUCUCCUGGCUGUCGGACCCGGAGCCUCAGAUCUGAACUGUUUAGGACUGGGAGCUGUUGGACGAAGGUGUUUCUGGUCUUCCUCAUGGUUAGAAGUCGUCUGAAGGACAGAGGACAGUCGUCUCUCCGGUCUAAGAGCCAAAUACGAUCAUUAGACGUCCAACUUUCUGUCCACUUUAGAGUCUUAUGUCUCAACAAACCAUCUGUCAUAAGAAACCUGUUUAAUUUCUACGUCUUUAUUUGUCUCUGAAACCUUUUGGUAAACCAAAGACUCUGAACUGAUCCAGUCACCGAGUUCUUCUGAGGCACAAAGUUCAGCCAGUUUCCCUUCUAGAGGCGUCUUCUAGGAACCGGUUCCAGCAGGAAUCUCAAUCUGCUGACUCUCUAAACCCUCAGACGCUGCUUCAGAUUUCAGGUUGUCUUUCAGCCCUGAGACGUAAUAAAUGAGCUGCAGAUGAAGACAUUAAAUCCAACUCAUCCACAGUUUCUGCUGCUCUCAGAUCAGUUUCAUUGGAAGCAGUAAAUCUGGGGUGGAAACUAAACCGAACUGGGCUUCAUUUUCAUCUCUUAUCUGUUCUUUUUCUUGGAAAUCGCUCUAGACUUUUAUAGUUUCAGUUCUAGAAAUGAGUAAAUUAAAAAGAUCUCAGAUGGAACCUGAUCUCAUCUGUUAAAUUUGAAUAUAAUUUAUAUUAAUUUUUCCUUCCAAGUUCCAGAGUUGUAGUUGGAGCUGCAGAUGUUCUCUAACCAGGAGGAGGCGCUGUAGCUCCGCCUGCAGUAUAAUUAAACACAAUUUAACUCAAACUUAAAUUCACUUCAACUGCAGCUCAAAACAUCCAUGAAACCCAAACUGUUCCUGUGAGGAGAGAAUCUGUUAAUGUAAAUUUAGCAGCUGAUUGUUAAACUGCAGAAUUAAUUUAACUCCUCAAAUGACACUGAUCCAUCCGCAUCAUUAUGGGCUGAUAUUUUUGUAGUUUUCUGUCUCAUUUUUGUCAUAUUUUGGCUUGUUUUUGUUGUUUUUUCAUCUUGUUUUUCUCUGACUUGUCAUUUGUCUCACAUUUUUGUCAUUUCAUUUCUCAUUUUUGUCGUUUUUUGUCUCGUUUUUGUAGUUUUUUGUCCGUUUUUUGUUGCAUUGGAACGUUUUUGUCCAAUUUUUGUCACUUUUUUGUUUUGUUUCGUGUCGUUUGUCUAAUUUUUUUGUCAUUUUCUCAUUUUUGUCGUUGUGUGUCUCAUUUUUGUAACAUUUUGUCUUGUUUUUGUCUGGCUUGUCAUUUUGUCUCACGUUUUUGUCAUUUUUUUGUCUCGCUUGUGUCAUUUAUGUAAUUCUUUUUAUCUUUUUGUAGCUUUUUAUACUUUUAUUUUGUCUCUUAUUUUGUUUCGUGUCGUUUUUUGUCAUUUCUGUAAUAUUUUGUCGUGUUUUUGUUGGUUUUUUUGUGCUUUUAUAUCUGACUUGUUUCAUUUCUCAUUUUUGUAAUUUUUUUGGUCUAUUUUUUGUUGUUUGUUCAUUUUUGUCUUUGUUUUGUUUCUUGUCGUUUGUCUAAUUUUUUCGUUUUGUGUCCCAUUUUUGUGAUUUUUUUUCUUGUUUUUGUUAUUUUUUGUCCUUUUUUGCCCAUCGUUUGUCCAUUUUUUUGUCGCUUUGGAACUUUUUUACAUAAAUGACACUCGGGUCGAUCUGCUUCAUCAAAUAACUUCAGUUUAAACUCAAACCUGAGCUCAGCAAUUCUUCCGGAAAUAUUCCAAAAAGAGAAUAAAAAUCUCUCUUUAACCAGUUUGUUUUUGGUUCAUUUCCUCGAGUAUAGUGGACUUUUUUUGUUCAAAUAAGAGUAAAGUCCAGAUUUAUGUUCCUAUUAAACAUCAUGUAGUCAGUAAGAAAUAAACUAAACUUCAGAAGCUUUUUAAAGUUUCAGAUAAAAAGUGUUUUUAGAGAAAACGGCUCCAGAGUUGAUCUAAAAGAUGGAACAUCUGGAGGAGAGUUUGGAGCAAAGAGACGCAUUCUCUGUUUAAAUCAGAAUCUAAAGACUUUCAGUUUGUUAAAUAUUUCUGAGAGAAGCUCAGCAGAGACAGUUUGUUGUGGAUUUAAUGUUGAUGCAGAACAGAAAACUUUAUUUAAAACCUCUCCUCAGAUGACGGUUUGUCCUUUUUGCACAGAAACUUCAGAUGAAUUCCAUUUUCUGUCCUCUCACUGCCUCUUGAAAUGAUUUGAUCCUGAACUGUAUAAACUCUUGUAAACAUAUUUGUAAAGUUUUCUAGUGUAGAUGAGGUUUUUGUGUGUUUGUGAUGCUGAAUGCUGUUCUAGAGCUGAGAGCAUUAAAGGGAGAUUUCUCUGAA